CCGCUCGAGGAGCAAAUGGGAGCGCAUGCUCCUGCUAGUCCCGCCCUCCCAGACACGUUGCCUUGGGAGAAGCAACACGGGCCGAUCACUGGAUGUUCUGCCUCCUCUCUCUCACGCCGCACGUCCAGCACAUCAGCUGCUCUCUGCCUACAGUCCUACUGGAUUUACCGCUAAACAAAGGAAGAACGACCAGCCGCUCCAUCCUGAGAAGGUCGGUGAUGGUCAGUGCUAUUUAGACCCUGCAGCUGAGGAUGUCUGCUACAGAUUCGGACAACUCCAUUGACUGGCUGGCUAGCGACAAUGAGGAUAAUGAGAACGAGCAGGAGCCUGACUGUACCAGAAAGCACAGCCAGACAGAAGCUCCUUUAUCCCCCUGUGCCUCUUCGCACCUGGGCCCGACUGACAGCAGCUGCCGCUGGAGCAGCGACUUGAAGGAGGGCGACGGUAACUGGAGCGGGGUCAGGGAGGUCUCCAGCCGGGGAUCUCCCGGCUGCAUGGAAAAAUGGGACAGAGACACCGCCACUGGACUGUGUAAAACACAGCAAGGAGAAAGAAUGAAUGGCAACAACACUCAGCAGGCACUGAAGAGACCCCGCGGCUCUACAGAGGACGAAUGCAAAGAACGGCAGCUCAUUGCCAACAUGUCAGAGAAAGAGAGAAUUUUUAGCAGCAAGUGCAUGGAGUUACAAUGCUACAUUCAUCCAUUGUCAUCAAUCUUGAAUGGCCUUCGUUCAGGGAGAUACAAAGAAAGACUCAGCAGUUUCCAGGAGAGUGUCGCCAUGGACCGGAUUCAGAGGAUCAUGGGUGUUCUGCAGAACCCCUACAUGGGGGAGAAGUACAUUAAUAUCAUUCUUAAAAUGGAAGAAAUGCUGAAGAGCUGGUUCCCUAAUGUAAAGCUUCAAGAACACCCACUCACUGUCACCCAAACAGAGGAAGCUGCUCCCACCAAGAAACUGAAGCUGUCUCCAGUUACCACAUCUGCAGCAGCGAGCGCCAUCACUACUAGCGAUCCUCCAGCCACCGCCAAAGCCCUGAGAGUCACAGAUCUCACUCCUCCUGGAGCUUACUCUGCCAAUAAUCUGAAGUGGCUCCACACGUCACCCAUUUGCUCUCCCACAGCAGAGCAGGCCCAGGCUGGUCCCAGGCCCCUGCUGACCCCCAGUGACAGAGACCUAACGCAGGACAGCGCCGUGUCCUCCAGCACAGACAGCCAAACUAAAACAAACUUGGUGCCCAGAGGCCCGCCGCCGGGCAAAAUCAACGCGCCCUGUCUAGAGAGGCUUCUAAAAUCGACGGACAGCAUCAUCACACGUAAGGGAACAGGGCGUUUGACGGACAGCAGCUGGUCCUAGUCCACACAGAGGGCUCGGUGUAAGCAGCGCGCAGAGGAGCCCCGCCUUACCCACCCUGCAGGGAGCCAAUCAGCUCACUUAGCUCAUUCCAGCCUUCAGGAGAGAUGAGAGCCUUCAAAAGGGAUCUUUUAAUAUGGAAGCGGUGUCGAUGAACAAUGUGACUUUUCUGUACGGCGGUGUACCCUCUCUAACACGACAACUAUCUGCUUUAUUUCCCUUUUUGUUGACUUAUCUCUUCUUUUUUCCCCCCUCUUCUCUCUUUUUAUUUUUGCACUCUUCAACAGCGUGUGUGAGAGUUGGAAGGAUAAAUUUCACAUGCCGUGAUACCGGAGAAAGUAUUUUCAUAACUGAAUUUGUUCGCACUGGCUUGUAGAUGUAAAAAAGAAAAAAAAAUACAGUCUGAGUAUCUGUGAAGCUGCCAUUACGAGUGAAAGAGAAAGAACUGAAGGAAAGGUUUGUGCUGAAAGGAAGGAAGAUAUGUCAGUGAUCUACAUAUUGUUGUGCUGAAAAUGUGGGUGAAAUGUGAUGUUGUUCCCCUCCCCUCCCAUGACUCCACUCUUAAGUUUAUUGAUGUGACUGUUACUCAUUUGUAUUCUUUAUAAAUAACUCUUUUGGUACAACUGUUCUACCUCAGCGAGCACCACGUCACGGUUAGUGAGUAAGAAUGUGAACACUAUGCUCAAAGUAAGGACACCUCGACAGAGCUACGGUGAGCCACCAAAUGGCCUCUGACGACAAGGUCUGCAGCGCAAAGUCUCCCCUCUUCUACAAACGGAGGAUGCUGUCUCAGUGGGGAUGCUCUCGUGGCCUGACUGGUGCCAGUGUAAAGAAUGUCAACUGCAGAUUUCUUUUUCGAGUCUCCCAGUAGAAGGCAAACAGUGCCUGUAACGUCAAGCUGUGCCUGUAAGCUGGUUUAAUAAAGAGAAAGAGAGAGAACCGUUUGGAAACCUUGCUCCUCUGUCCUCUGUGGGAUGUACAAAUCAGGAAUUCUCACUCUCCUGCCGUUUUCCUGUUUUGAGUAAGUUAUUCAGAUCUCGCCAACUAUUUUCUGUGGUGAAGCAGAACAAUAGCUUUUUUUUCCUUUUUUUUUUUGCCACAGAACUGGACAGUAUGUUGGACCAGCGGAGAGAUGGACAAGCUUUUUUGUCUGUGUAAAUCUUACAGGAAGGUUGUCAAUUUACCCUGAAAAGUGGCCUUUACAGUGUGAAAUUUUAUACUUUCAAAAUAAAUGUGGUUAUAUUUGUUUGAUGCAAAACAAAUGGCUACAGA